AUGAAUAAAAAAACGGCAGACGGCGAUGGAAGGAGAAGCAAGGCUGUUGGUUUUGUAAGUUAAACAGUUUCUCCAGAGUGACAUUUGUGUAGAAAUGAAUGAGUUUCUACAAGACGGGACGGGCUAAUAAGUUACCAACUGUAUAGGCGGUUGAGGAAAUCAAAGAUCAUGUCAGCAAUCAAGAUUGCCCUGCAGCAGAGCCAGAAGAGUGGCAGAAGGAAAGCCUCUGGAGCAAUGUCUGCAGAGGCGUCACCAGACUCCAAGUGUCCCAUCUGUUUGGACAUAUUUAACAACAUUUCUUACCUGGACCUCUGCCUGCAUAAGUUCUGUUUCCGCUGUAUUCAUGAGUGGUCCAAGAACAAAGCAGAAUGUCCUCUAUGCAAACAGCCUUUUAAUUCAAUCUAUCACAGUAUAAAAUCAGAGCAAGACUUUAAGAAGUUUGACCUACAGCCACUGGAUAAUGGCUCUUUUGGGACUUUUGGGGGAGUGCGGUUUAGAUACCGCACAACUCUUACCGGAGUCCAUCGACAGAUGCGGGGAAGGACUUCUCCACCUCCAGACAAUGGAGUGAUGUUUGAAGCCUCAACAGGUCCUCCGCGACAGCCUCAGGACCGCUACAUUCGGCGCAUGAUGAUGAGGUUGGCAGCCAAGAGGAGAGCUGCAAGUGAAGGGAGGGUGGUGAACAACGUCAGGGAGCAGGAAAUGGUCAACUUCAGAAGGGAACUGUACCGACGUGGGGUGAAGGUUCGGAGUGUUCGCGAUGGUGGCCGCUCCCGAGACACUUCAGCUGAGUUCUUCCGAAGAAAUCCUGCCUGCCUCCAUAGACUGAUCCCCUGGCUAAAAAGAGAACUCAUUGUGCUAUAUGGAGCCCACGGCUCUUUGGUCAACAUAGUUCAACACAUCAUCAUGUCGCGCAUUACACGGUAUGACAUGGAGGAUGGAGCUAUUCAGGAAGAGCUCAGGCCGUUCCUCCAGGCACGCACAGAGCACUUUCUGCAUGAGUUCAUCAGCUUUGCAAAGUCCCCCUUCAAUAUGGAGGCCUAUGACCAGCAUGCUGUCUACGACUGCCCAGCUACUUCUUCAAAUGAAGACAGCAGCUCCAACUCGUCUGUAAUAGCUAUCUCAGAGGAUGAGGAACUUGAGGUGGAGCUGGGCCCCCCGGGAGACUCCACGUCUACACUGAGCCGUUCUGUGUGGGAUGAUGAGACGCCUGGCCCAUCGUAUUCUACGACAGCGGAGCAGAGCAGGGCAGAAUGUCUGUCAGUCCUUGACUCAGACUCGGACAGCAGUUUAGAGGAGGAGAGGCGGGAGUUUAGGGCUUCUCCACAGCAAAUGAGUCCUCAUAACCAAACAGACAUGACUCUGGGUGAAGUUAACAAUGAAGAGUUUUUGUCUGACGACAGUGAUGACUGUGUCAUUGUAGGUUUUGUUAAGCCAACGGCAGAGAGGACUCCUGAGCUGGUUCAACUUUCCUCUAACUCUGAUGAGUCUGCCAGUGAAGAUACUAAAGAAGUGCCUCUUCUGCCUCAGCACAUCCGCUUCUCCAGUCUCAGUCCUAUAGCUUCACAGAGUAGUGAUCCAAGUGGCACUGGACAGUCAGAAAAUGUAGAAACAGACCACUAUCAUCAGUUGGAUUCAAAAGAUAGAAGCAGCUCUUUAAAAUCCGGCAGACACAAGACAUCCAGUAAGUCAGACAGAAAAGACACAUAUAGAAGAUUUGACAGUAAUGAUAGAUCUAAGGAGGGGCACUGGUCAAAGGAUAGAGACCAUAGGAGAAGGAGGAAGUCAAGAAGUGGAGAGCAUGGGCACUCUAGCAGGUACCCGGUGAUCUCCCACAGCAGUGUCCGCACUCUGUCAAGAGAAAGAGGGUAUUGUUACACGAGUGGCAGAGACCUCUACUCAAAAUGUGACAAUAACUGUAAAAGGAGGGACGACGAUCACAGCUAUCGGUCAUAUAGGCAUUACAACCAAGAGAGAAAUGAUAGUGGGGUGCAUUACACAGAGAGGCGCUCUUAUUCUUACAGUAGCUGCAAGUACUCAGAUCGGCACUCUCGCUCCAGGAGCCACAGCAGGGACUCACGGAGACGGGACAGGAGGCAUUCUCGAUCUAGGACUUAUUCCAGCAGUCGUUCCCCUUCAGUGAAAAGGAGAGCACACCACGACAAGCCGGGCGGAAAGAGGAAAUACAAAACAAGACAUUUGGAGGAGCCGUCUGAAGACACACACACUCACAACUUAUAUGCUGAGGGCGACUCUGCCACGCUGUUGACAAAGCACAAAAAAAAGAGCAAAGAGAAGCAUCGUAAAAAAUCCAAAGAGAGGUCAAGAAAGACUAGCAGGAGUCUCAGUGUGGAGCUCGUCAUCGAGGAAAACUCUUGUGAGCGAAGCAGGCGUCACCAUAAGAAAAAAAAGAAACACAAGAAGAAAAGCAAAAGGCACAAGGGUAAUGAGCGCACAGAGAAGUGCUCACCCAGUGUCAUUACCAUUGAUAGUGACAGUGAUUAUUUUGCAAAUGACAGUGUGACCCAGGCCAGCAGCACUAACAAGGACACUCCCAUCGACAAUACCACAGAUGACGCCGCAGACCCUGCCCCUCCCCUCUCUCAUGUGUAGUUGAAUGGAAGCUCAGAUUCCUGCUGCGUGUGGUGGGAACUGAUGUAUUCACCCUCAGUUGCUAAUGCCUGCCAGCAGUAUUUUAGAUCAGAACGAUGUUCUGUAUGUUGAAGGUCACCAGACCUUGAAGGAUAUAGGAUAGGAUGAAUUCAUGUGCCCCUUUUUUAAAUGCCGCCACAAGUGUGCUGAUUACAUGACAGACCCAGAACUAGAGUGGUGUUCAUUCACAUCAUAAAUGUCCAUUUUAGCGAGGUCACAUCAACGUACACACCUAAAACAAUCCUAUUUUCUGUGCAAAAUGCCACUCUGAACAAAGUAGAAUGGGGGAAAAAAUAUUGUCAAUUCUUAUUCUGGAAAUUAAUUUUCUUUAAUGGAUCAAUUUUAUUUCUAACGCGCUCUCAGGGAUCAUGUUGAUUACAGUGAUGUUCUGCUAUAUUCUCAAGUCAAAACAAUUUCUACCUGCUUAUUAUAUGCAGAUGGUGUUUGGAUUUUAGGAUGGGCUCUUUUGUAUUAAAUUGUAUUUAAAAAUAAAUUGCAGUCAGCAACUGUG